AUGAAUCCUGAUACCGUUACUUGCGAUAUGGUCUUUGCUCUUCAGCAGAAGGACCAUCCAAAGUUUAAGAGAAAGGGCGAAGACCUUUUCGUGGAGCACACAUUGUCUCUUAGUGAGGCUUUGUGUGGCUUCCAAUUUGUACUCACCCGUCCUGAUGGGCGACAGCUUCUAAUCAAGUCAAACACUGGGGAGGUUGUGAAGCCUGAUUCCUUCAAGGCAAUCAAUGAUGAGGGAAUGCCAUUAUACCAGAGGCCAUUCAUGAAGGGUGGCAAGAUGUACAUUCACUUCACUGUCGAAUUCCCUGGAUCUCUUAGCGCCGAUCAGCUUAAGGCACUCGAGGCUAUUCUGCCACCGAAACCAAUAUGUCAGCCGACUGAUAUAGAGUUAGAUGAGUUCCCUCUGGCAAAGUUAGUGGGUGGGCUGACAACGCCACGUCACUCUCGACGCUAUGAUCCUCUUUAA